AUGGUUCGAAUAGCUGGUAGUACAGAGAAAGGACGUCAUGUAAAUGAACGUGACUACUAUACACCACAGGGAGAAAUGCGUGUAGAUACUGAAGCUACUUCAACAAUGAAGAACUGUUUACUGUAUAAGCUAAGUUAUUAUCGUUUUUGGGAAAUGAAAACUGCUAGAGAUCAACCAAUGGGAUUUGAUCGAGUGCGUGGACAAGUCAUUGGACAUCGAAACUUUGAGCUACAAGGUUUAGAAGAGGCAUUCACUUCAGCGAACUGGCUUGUACGAAUAUACCGAGUCAAACCAUAUGCCAACCGAGGGAUGCAUUAA